AUGUCCCCGAAUGGCGCAGAAGAGCUCUUUGACCAGAUCGCAGAGUCGUACGAAGACGCUUUCAAAGGGAACAAAGGCUUAUAUCAAGCAUUAGAUGGGUUGAAGUCAUGCCAUGAAUCUGCAUCCACUGUGUUGGAUGUGGGAUGUGGCCCCGGCGGACCAGCUGCUUACCUUGCCCAGCAAGGAUACAAGGUCACCGGGAUUGAUAUUUCUCAAAAGAUGGUGGACUAUUGCAAUGUGCAUAUCUCCGGUUCAUUUGUGAAAAUCUCCAUGACUGAAUACGCCCCGAGUGAAGAGUUUGACGCCGUCAUCUCGAUUCUCUCAUUGCUUCAACUCCCAUACCAGACCAUCCACUCGAUGCUUUUCAAGAUGGCAUCGUGGCUACGCCCAGGCGGGGUUUUCAUCUUGGGAACCAUCGACCCCGAGGAGUAUCGCGGCGGGGAGUGCAUGCCGAGAGUGACGUCCGAGUACGUAGAAGGGUAUACUGCGCCCUUCAUGGACACUACCGUCACCGUUACUCUGGUCACGACAAAGGGGCUACGCGCGAUUAUCGAGCAGAGCGGCCUUGUUAUUCGCAGCGUGGAAAAGCAUUCGUUCAUGCCUACAACCGGAGAUAAGGAGGAGCACGUUUAUAUAACUGCCCAGAAGCCUAUCCAAAAGCCAAGCGAUAGGUAA